UUUCUCUCCACCUCGCUCCACCACUCCACCGCCACUUAGAGAGAGAGAUAGAGAGAGAGAGAGAGAGAGAGAGAGAGAGGGAGUGACUUGGCAUACGACUUUAAACUACCACUAACUACUCCUAACUACUCUUAUCGUAUUAGUUCUCCUCCUCCUCCACCUCCUCCUCCACCUCCUCCUCCUCCUCCUCCUCCUCCUCCUCCUCCUCCUCCAGCGGGUGUCCUAAGAAGCGCUCCACAUAUGGUGAUGGACACAUUGCCUUACUCCUCCUCCUCUUCCUCCUCCUCCUCCUCCACGUACUUGUCCUCCUCCUAUUCCUCCUCCUCUUCCUCCUGCUCCUCCUCCUCCUCCUCCUCCGCGUAUCUCCACGAAAGAAUGACCUCAGUUGACCUAUCAUAGACUGACCUCGAGUGCUGAAGAUGACCUUGGAACUCUGAAGAUUGACCUGAAAUUGACCCCCUCCCCACCACCACCACCACCACCACCACCGGGUCUGGUCAAAGUUAUCUCUCAGUUAUCUCUCUCUCUGCAUCGUUAUCUCUCUCUCCCCUCGUGUUUCUCCUCCGCACGAGAGAGGAAAAAGAGAGAGAGAGAGAGAGAGAGGCGAGUUGUCUUCAUUGCUUCUCUCCAUAAUAUGUGCUGAGCUUCUCUUACAUCAAUGACUUACGGGAGGGAAGAUGGGGUUGUUGCAAACAAUGUGGCACAAGUUCUCUGCGCUGCACCACUUCUCAAGGCGCAGUGCCACAGUCUUCUCUCGAUCCCUGGUGUUCAAUCUGAUAACGGUGUACACCCCAGUCCUCCUCCUCGCCGGGUCUAUAGUCACCUCGGCUAAACAGAUUCUGAGCCCCAUCCACUGUGAAGGCGAGGGGAAGGAUGGGCUCAGUAAAGACUAUGUGGAGACCUACUGUUACAUCGAGGGCACCUUCAAUCUAUAUAUGAAGCAGGUGGCGAAACAGGUGAGACCGGGAGGCCACCUUACACCACGCAACCCAGUCCGCUUCGACCAACAGGUGAAACUAUUUGAUCAGGUGGGCAAGAAUGUCAUCUAUCCGAACCUUGGCCAGUUCGUGGAGGGGCAGUCAUCGCGGCGGGAGAUCUCUUACUACCAGUGGGUGACCUUCUUCCUGCUCAUCGAGGCGCUGGUCAUCUACCUGCCCAGGCAAAUAUGGCACCAGCUCACCCACAGCCAGUGCCUCCCCUUCGACUUCACCAACCUGCGGCGCCGCGAGGACUGGGAGGACAAGAAGAACUUCCUGGUGUGGCACAUGAAGCAGACCCGAGGCAACCACGAGUACUGGCUGUGGCAGUACCUCCUCACCGAGCUGCUGGCCAUCGCCCUCCUCGCCUCCUUCUUCAUCCUAACAGACGUGUUCCUCGGCGGGGACUUCUACGACUACGGCCUCGACUGGGUCCACUUCAUGCACAACGCCACCAACAACACCAUCUCGCCCAUGACGGCCCGCUUCCCGCGUCUCACCGUGUGCAAGCUGCAGUACCACUCCAGGGGCGGCACCAUCAACUCAUACUACCCACUCUGCCUCCUCCCCAUCAACUGCUUCAACGAUAAGAUCUUCCUCUUCCUCUACUUCUGGUACUGCCUGCUGUUCGGCCUGUCCCUGGUGCGCGGCCUGUACAUGCUGGUGCUGGUGACCUGCAAACCGGCCCGCCGCCUGCGCCUCAAGUUCAGCGCCAAGCUGGUGCCGGAGGACACGCUGGACCGGUUCAUCAACGCCCACAACCUCAGCGACUGGUUCGUGCUGUGCAACCUGGCGCCCACCAUGGACCCCGUGCUGAUCGCCGAGCUGGUGACGCAGCUGGUGUACGAGGUGCAGGGCGGCGAGAGCUCAGACUCCAAGCCCUCCCGCCUCGGCAAGCAGGAAAAAUCGCUCCAGUCUGUUAAUUAUAUAUGAGAUUCAGCGCCGCGCACUUCCCCGCACUCGCUCACACACUGCCUUCCCAACGGCCAGCCUAACUACGGAUUCUGCGCCAAUACUAACCCGUACAGUCACUUUCAGAGCCGCUACCCGCCCGUGCACAGCUACGGGACGGCUUACUCCAACGGCCAUUGCGACGGGCUGUGAGGCGCGGGCACGCACACCACCGCGCCCACGCAUCACCAAGGGGAAGGCGCCGCGCGAGUCUCAUGACUUCAGCACCACGCGAACACCGCCACGCCACCUCACCACCACCACCACACCACCACCACCACCACCACCACCACCACGCCACUUCCACAACCACACCACCACACCACGACGCCGCGGGAUCUGCCACCACCACCACCAUUACCACCACCACCACCACCACCACGCCCCUGGGAUGGUGUUUUUAUUAUUGUUGUUGUUGUUGAUUUUUGGGUGAUGGACCGCCCCCUUCCCCUUUGAUCCCCCCUGCCCCCCUGACCUCCCCCACCCCCCGUCCCCCAACACACACAAACACACACACAUACAUAGACACAUACCACCGCCUCUCCCUCCCCCCUCCCCCCCAGCCCCGGAGCACAGAGGGAGCGAGGGGGGGCAUCACAGUUCACGAAAAAAAAGGGGGGAAAGAAAACGGGAGGCGAGGUCAGCGGCGAUACAUAGAAAACGGAGCCGCGGUGGUGCUGAGGUGAAGGGUGACUAAAGAAGAGGCAAGCGAUGUAAUGAUAAUAAUACUAAUAAUAAUAAUAUUAAUAUUAAUAAUAAUAAUAAUAAUAAUAAUAUUUACUACAGUGUUCUUGUUAUGUCGAGUUAUUAUAUAUAUAGUGAUCAUUGCUCUCUCUCUCUCUCUCUCUCUCUCUCUCUCUCUCUCUCUCUCUCUCUCUCUCUCUCUCUCUCUCUCUCUCUCCCCUCCAUACUCGCAAAAAGCACUAUUCGCGUGUGUGUUUCCUCGCUUUACGAAAAAAGAACGAAUAAUGAAGGGAAAAAACGAAACUUAUUGACUUCCCGCUGGUUCUGAGCGAAAAUAUGUGAAAAAAGUACCAAGGAAACAGACAAAUAGGCAAACAAGCAGACACA